GGAAGAUGGCUGCGCAGGGGAGCAACGGGAAGGAGAAGCUGCAGUGCAUCGACUCAUCGUCUGACGAUUCAGCACGGCUCUACAAGAGGCCCCGGCGGGCGGCUCCAGAGACCACCCCGGAGCAGCAGAGUGCACAUGGUUUCUUCAAAAUUAGGGAUCGCAAAGGAUGGGAGCAUGGUACCGUGAUUUAUGAAAACAGACAUUGGAAGUGGAAGUACUGCCCCACGGUUGGGCGUAGCGGUGGUGUCACCAGCCUCAAGCAUCAUAUUGCCGGUGGCAGUAGCAGGGUAAGGCCGUGCCUAUCUGCUCCCAAAGAUGUCUCCAAUGAGAUGAAACGCUUGUUUGUUGGGCAGUAGGAGGCGGAAACCGCAAAAAUGGACGACACAAAAAGCUAUACUGUUGUGCAGCCGGCUAUGGCAACAGAGCCUCUGAGCCCAAGAACUCUAUACCCUUGACCACGCAUUCGACAGAAGGUUCCAUGACGGAGACAGAUUCUGAGGAAAACAGUGCAUUCCCCUCGUCAGCAUCAUUCAUGACACGCCUUGUGGACAUGAUGCUUUCUGCUGCAGAGGUGCUGAGGGCGGAGGAGGCGGCGAUGACCUCUGCAAACAAGCCAUGACGAAGCAGGAAGAUUGGUGGAGGUCUAGUAGUAAAAAGAAAAUUGUUACCUUAACCUCUGGGAGGUCAAAUUUUAUUUAAAGUACUUGUCGAUGUAACUUGAGGAUGCUUCAUACAGUAUUUUCAUCUUGGGAGGAUGCUGUCAGUCUUAAGAAAAGUUGCAUGUUACCA